AUGAAGGAAAUGUCCUGCUUCUGCAUGACUUUUUCUUCCUUGUUGGAACAGAUGGUGAAGGUUUACAAAUACAUGACUGGUAUUUUUUCAGUGACUCAUACCUCAGAGCAACAGGCUUCAGAUCACGAUAAGCAGCCAACCAAGAUGGAUGUAAGCUUACUUGAGGAGCAGUAUGACCAUUUAAAACAGAAGCAAAAACUGCAAUCACACAUUAUUGUCUUUAAAACAGGUGAACAUGAAUCUGCUCUCCCAGAACCAAUGGUCAAUCCUGUUUUAAUUAAUAAAAAAGUUGGAAGAUCAAAGUCAUUUACAGAACACAUUCCUGUCAGAAAGGUCAGGCUGGAGAUGAGCAGCAGUGGCAACAACAUCCAAGACAACUCACCAUGGCGCACCCACCUGGGAAUUCACCGCCUGGUGCAGGUCCCUCGUCAAGGGGUUACAUGGGAUCCUUCCCACUGCAAGAAUGGACCGUGCAGUUUUGACAAUCAGAAACCAAUUUCCAAGGGAAACAGCACACUGCAACCCAAGGAAUUAGAAGGAGCAAGUGAACUAUCUGUGCUCAGCCAACUGGGAGGUUCAAGCAUGUUGAACAGUUUCAGUAAAGAGAACGGCAGCAACAUCUCAAGCACCUGCCAAAAGCCUCCUCUGAAAUCAGCCACUUCAGCAGUUCAGACACAUCAACAUAUUUCUUCUACAAACUGCAUGCCAGCUUGCAAUAAACUGAACUUUUACCCUUUCCCUAUAAAAGGCGGCCCAGAAUUUCUGAAGCAGCAAGGAGGCUUGGAUUAUAUGUCUCACAAUGAGGACAUUCAGUAA